AACAGCUUUCGACCCAACACCGGAACCUUUAAAUUCUAGAUGUUCGCCCGGUCGGUCAGUUAAAAAGAAUGCACCGUCUGUACGGUUGUUGUAGCAACCGCCUUUAGCGUUUACACCGUCGACGUCGUUUGUAGUGUUGUUAAAAAAAAACAUAUAUGCGAAAUGGCUUGUACCUUUUAACUUGUUGCACUUUGAAAGUGCUUUGUAAAUCAAAUGAAUUGUUAUUAUCAGUUUAACUACAUGUAACUCACGUUCAACCUCGACCGAUGUUAUUCGUGUUUGUCUGUGAUCAAACUGUAGCUAAGUGUUAAAAGAUUAAAAACGCGGUUAUUGCUAUAACCCUCAACACAUAGAGAAAAAAACACAGUCAGUGUUGACUUAGCAUGUCGGCUGUCAGCAGUAUCGUUCCUGCUCGGUUUCUCACUAUCAUAGCUCACCUUGUCAUCGUUAUCACUAUCUUCUGGUCAAGGGACAACAAUGUAAAGGCGUGCUUACCUUUGGAUUUCACGCAAGAGCAAUAUGACACUGAAGACAGAAAGUUGGUGGUGGCUUUGGGAGUCACACUCGGUCUGUUUGCCAUAGAGCUGGCCGGAUUCUUCUCAGGAGUGUCCAUGUUCAACUGCAGUCAAAGUCUCCUGUCACUGGCUGUCCACUGCAGUGCAGCUGUCUCCUUGUCUUUUUUUGUAUUUGAGAAGUGGGAAUGCUGGACAUAUUGGGUUAUUUUUGCAGUCUGCAGUGUGUUACCUGCUUUUGUGGAGAUUCUUCUGUUCAUUGCUGUCUUUGGUCUGAAAAAGAAGCCAUUAUAAAAAGACAGACGAUGUCCACAAGAUGUGAGGAGAUCCCAAACACAGUACUCGUCUCAAUGAGUCAACACCUAAACCAUCAUAUACAAGCCACUCCCUAUAUUUUUCAUAUUUGUACAAUUUCUACAAAGAGAGACUUGUGAGUGUGUAAGUUGUAACUUUGAAAACUUUGAAGUGCUUAUUUUUUUAGAAACCACUGCUGUAAUUUUCAGACACAAAUACAUUUUAUACAAAUUC